AUGGAGAAGGCGGAGGAGCGCCUGAAUAAGAUUCUAGACAAGUGGCAAGCGACUGGCAAUAAAGAAUCGUUCAGGAAACUAGACGUAGUCAACAAAUUGAAAAAGCCUACAAUCCACAGAAAUAGUGUUCUUGGGUUUAUUCUUGCUCUUGUCGCAGUUGGAGUGUAUUACAAGUACGACGCCGUGAUAAAUAACGAGUGUCUUUACGAGAUUACUGGGUCAGCCUUUCGACAGCCGGAAACUUGUGACAUAUGUGAACAUGUUACUUCCGUAGACAAGGUCGAGAACAUAUCCCCCGAAGACUUCUACUGGGAAUACGCCAAACCGAUAAAGCCAGUGGUUGUUAAGGACGGAGCCAUAGGUUGGGAAGCGAUGAACGUCUUCAGCUUCGAUUUUUUCAAGAGCGUCUACGAAUCGGCACCAAGAAAAACUGGCAACAGUAGAUGUCAAUUCUUUCCCUACCAAACCGAAUUCAGGUCUCUGAGGGAAGUUUUCAAUAUGACACCAGCAAGAGCAAGACUUGAACCGGGGGAGAAGAGUUGGUACAUUGGUUUCAACAACUGCAACGACGAAGCCGGACAAAUAUUCAAACAGUAUUACGAAAGCCCGUACUUUUUGUCGCAAAGUUUGGAGAACAUCGCACUGAGCUGGAUAUUUAUGGGAGGACCUGGAGAUGGGGCUCAUAUGCAUGUGGAUAAUGUGUUUUACCCUUCUUGGCAAGCGCAAAUUAGUGGUAGGAAGGAAUGGGUUCUUGCACCACCGCCAGAAUGUCUGUACAGAUGCAAGGAAUUGAGGGUAAUAGUUGAGCCAGGUGAAAUAAUUGCUUUGAACACCAAUCGAUGGUAUCACAAAACGAACGUUUUACCAGGAGACAUCAGCAUAACUAUUGGAUCUGAAUUUUAUUAAUGUAUCUCUAAUCAUAAUUGUAAUUUGUAAUUUGUUUAUUCAUUGCCUUGGAAUAUGUGUAAUUUCGUCAU